CGACAAUUGAACGAUAACUUUCUCUGUUGCCGUUUCCCUCCAUCCUGUGUUGAACCGCCUCUUCGCCGAAACCCUAACCACAUGGGCGUUCAUAAGUAUGGGAUGAAUAUGACCGUGUAAAUCGAGACAGAAUUUUGAUCCCAAAUCGCUAAGGGGAGUGAGAAAACUGUAUAAGAAGUGAAAGAGAUCGAUUAUUGGAGAUAGCGAGAGGGUUUCAGGCAGAGAAGAAGAAAGUGCUGAAGAAAUUUUUUCUCCCAUCUGCGCCUUUGGUGGCUUUCAUUCUAUGGUCCUUUACUUGUGCUUCUUCUGAAGCAACAUGGCAUCUAGAAAGGAUUAGGAUUUCGGACUUGUGACCUAGCCCUUUGCAUCGCAUUAAGGGGAGAGUUGUCUCGUCUCCCUCUUUUUCUUGUGCUGGCGGUGCUGACUGUUCUGUAAUCUAAUCUCACAAAAAAUUGAUUUAUUGGUUUUGUAAUAUUGCUUUGUUAAGCCCUUCUGGAAUUUGGACCAUUUCGGAUUGAACUAUUUUUGUUUCUUACGAGCUAUGUUUGGAUUCUCGGUGAAUUUGGAGAUGAUGGUCUUUUGAGGGCACGUUACUUGUUCUGCACUCAUUAGUGAUGAUGAAGGUCGAAGGAUUGCGACCUUGUUUUAUAAAUUUCAAGUUUUGAGGAGCUAUUAAUCCUGCGGUAUUCUUUCUUGCGUGGAGGGGAUUCUAGGGCUUCUUAGAAUUUUGGACAUUUUAAUGUUGUAGCCAUUGCUGAUGACAUUUUACUCUGCGAUAGUCAGUAUUUUGAGAAGGGAGUUCAACGUUACCUUGUUGAUUAUGUUUUUUUAGCCAUUUCCAAACAGUUUAUGGUUAGAAGUGGCUUCUGACAAUUAAUACUUUACAGAAGAAAUUGUUGGUUGAUCCUACUUUUGAUGUUAAUUGUUUGAUAAGACAGACAUCAUUGGUUUCUGUUAAAUUUGGUGUUAGAUGGUGAUCCUUAUCUGCAAUGGUGCGAAGUGAGCCGAGCCUUGUUCCAGAGUGGUACAGAGGGGCAAGCGGCAGCAAUUUGAACCACCUUCGUGGGUUCUCACAUUCUGAAAGAACCUCCUCUUCUUUAAAUAGAAGUGCGAAUAAUAAUGUUUCCAUUGGAAGGGAGGACCUUUCUUUACGGGCUUAUGGUAAUUUUGGCAGAAACUAUCGUGAUAGGAAUAGGGAUCAAGAGAAGGAUCUUGAACUCUAUGACAGAAAUAGACCACUUUUGGAGGACAAUGGCUUCUUAAACAAUUCUGAUUCAUUGUCAACUAACAAAUUAGAGAAAGAGUCCUCUCGGCACUCUCAUUCUAUGGUAUCAGGAAGUGGGAAGUCUUGGCUUAAAUCUUCCUUUAAGAGAGACUUCCCAUCCCUUGGAGCUGAAGAAAAGCUUGUCCGAUUUGAUGUAACCAGGGUUGCUUCUCCUUGUCUGAGCACUGCCAUUCUUAAGCUUCCAGUGGCUGCAGCAACUAUCAAUGGAGGUGAUGGAUGGAAAUCAAAUUUGGCAGAAGUACUUCCUAUAGCUGGAGGAAAUGGUCCAGUAGCUUCUUCUUCCCUACCAACUUGUCCUGAACUGACUAUGGUUUCAAGCCCUUCUUCUAGCUUAAAUAUGGCUGAAACAGUGGCUAUGGCCCCAGCCCGAGUCCAUACAUCAUCCCAGCUGCCAAGUGACUCACAGAAGAUUGAAGAAUUACAUCGUCUGCAAAUUUUGAAACUACGACCUGUAAUGCCAUCAAUUCCUAAAAAUGUGGGUCUUAGCUCAGCCGAAAAAUCUAAGGCAAAGAUGUUGAGAACUACAGAGGUCAGUGCUUCCAAGGCCGGGCAGCAGUCCUCAUCCCAACUAAUAGUUCAUGCUGUACGCCCUGCCAUUAGAUCUGACGUCUAUAAGAUAUUUCAACCUGGAAAUUUUCAAGUCCUAAAUAGGGAAAAAAAUAGUUUAUCUCCUGACAAGGAUAACACUAAACCAAGAAAUGUCAGCAGAGUACCAACCACUCCAACCAUCAUUCCUCCUGCCUCAACCCAACCUCUAAAAGGAAUUAUGAACCCAAAAGGUAAAGUUGAAGGAACUGGCGGUGCUUUGAGUCCGAAGAAACUCCCCUUUCAGGUUCAAAAUCGGAACGAUUUCUUCAAUUCGUUAAGAAAAAAAACAUCUUCUGGCCAACACUCGAAUUCUACCAACUUAUCAAAUGAUGGUGGCUCAUCAUUCACCACGGAGGCGAUCGCUUCAAAACUUGAUUUUCCUGCUGAAAAGAAAAACGUUCUUCACAGUUCAAUGGAGAGUGAGAAUUUUUCUGCUGGAGAUAGUGAUGAUGGCUUUGAGGAGCCUGAGAAGUCAGCUCUGGAUGAAGAAGAAGAAGCCUUUCUAAGGUCGCUGGGAUGGGAGGAGAAUGCUGGUGUGCAAGCUUUGACACAUGAGGAGAUUGAAUCUUUUCUAUCUGAGUAUAAAAUGCGGAGGCCUGCUUCAAAGUUGAACGUAUAGUACAACUGGAAUUUCUUACCCGACCCACUUAUGGUUCAAGAGAAGAAUGUGAAAAUUGGAGAAUAAGAUGCAGUGUGCAUUCUUUGUACUCUUUUGUUUGGUGUUUUCUCCCAGAUUUUUUUCUUUCUUUUUUUUUUUUUUUGUGGUGCAUUGGAUGAGAGUAAAAGGAAAGGAAGAUUAUAGGUUCAAGAGUCAGAAAAAAAAAAAGGGCAUAGCAUUGAAAUUAUUUUUCUUGAAUUUCUUCUGUUUUUUAAUUUAUUAUUUUCUGUUUCAAUUUUUUGUGUCAGUUUGGAAGAGAAGGUGCUGUUUCCUUUGCUGCUACAGCUGGUGGUAUACAAUAUGGAUUUGCACUUCUAGUCUGCCUUAAAUUAGUAUAUCUGAAGCUGUUUCUUACAGAUAAUUCUAAAAUACUUGUUAUACGGGAUCUACUCUAACAGUUCA